AAAAACAAAAAGAAAGAAAGACAGCGGCCAAUUAAGUUGUAGCGGCUGUCAUUAAAUGUGAUCGGUUGUGUCGAGGACGAGAACAGGACGAAGACGGCCGCUCGGAGAGAAAAUGUGCACUGAACGCUAAGUUAAUGGACAGGCAGGAUGUUGCGUCUUCGCUGUAAGACCAAAAACGGUACUCACGUGAUGCAAGGAUUGACUCACCAAUCGCGUGUGCAAGAGUUAAAAAGCAAAGUGGAGGAGCUGACCGGCAUCCCCUGUGAGGUGCAGAAAAUCAUGGUGGGCUACCCACCUUCCAGCCUGGACCUGCGCAACGGGGACGCUCACCUCAAGGACUACCCAAUCAAGUCUGGCGACACGCUGAUUGUGGAGGAGGAGAAAAACAAGCCCAAGUUGGGAACCCAUCCUGUCGUGACCAAAACGCCUUGCCUGAACACCUUGCCGGCGCUGGCGCGCAGAGUGGUGCCGGCCGACAACUCCUGCCUGUUCACCAGCGUCAACUACGUGGUGGAGGGCGGCGUGUACGACCCGACGUGCACUCCCGAGAUGCGAGGCCUCAUCGCCCAGAUCGUGUCGAGCGACCCGGCGGCGUACUCGGAGGCCGUUCUGGGCAAGAGCAACGAGGACUACUGUGUCUGGAUCCGGCGCGGCGACACGUGGGGGGGCGCCAUCGAGGUGUCCAUCCUGUCCAAGUUCUACCAGUGCGAAAUUUGCGUGGUGGAUACGCAGACAGUGCGUGUGGAUCGCUUUGGUGAGGACGCCGGCUACCGCAAGCGCGUGCUGCUCAUCUACGACGGCAUCCAUUACGACCCGCUGCAAAGGGAGGCGCCGGGCUCGCCCCCUCAGACCGUCUUCUCCACCGGCGACGACGUCAUCCUGGCGCAGGCCCUGGAGCUGGCCGACGAGGCUCGCCGCAAGCGGCAGUUCACGGACGUCAACCGCUUUGCGCUGCGCUGCAUGGUGUGCCAGACGGGCCUGGUGGGACAGAGGGAGGCACGCGAGCACGCCAAGGAGACGGGCCACACCAAUUUUGGCGAGAUCUGAAACGUUGACUUGCUUUGGUUGUUUGUGCUACCCCUCCACAUCUGUGGCCGUCUACCUCGGUGUUUCCCCACCCUUAGGCACAUAUUUUACGCAAGAAAAAUCUCAUGGCACGCCACCAGUAAGUAUUAGUGCUUUGAAAAAUCAACUAACUGCGAUUCCCCACCAAUAUUGCAGUUGCCCUUUAAUAUGCAAUUAUUUUCUAGGUCAAAAUUGCUAAUAAUAAUAAUAAUAAUGACGAUGAUCCAUAAAUGUUUUCAUUAUAUGCUAAGUGAACCAUGAAGUAAUAAGUAAGUCAAAUAUACUCUAUUGAUAUAUUUCAAUUUGAGAUAUUUACUUAAUAAACACUGAGUGACAGUGUUUUAAGCCUUUACUGACACAUUGACCAAACUCUGUGGCAUCAAAUCAAACAAGUCCAAUUACAACAGCAAAUCUGGCUUCAUCACACCAAAUGUUCUCAUUUCAUUCAAAAAGAAAAUAAUGAAAUGAGAAGCACAUAUAAGCACUUAUGUAUAAAUAUCUAUAUUUUACAUAUAACUUUUACCUGUGUCCAUAAGCCGACCGACCAAAAUGAAACGGGUCUAUUUUCUCCCAAAAUUGCAGCCUUUGCGAUUUAUUUUAUACAUUGCAAUGUCAAUUAGAUAAAUGCCAGAUAAAUGAUUAAUGCUCAGCCCCGACAUUAUUUGUAGGAAGUAAAUCAUUUACAAACCAAUUAAGUGAAAUUGCCACGCCGCAGCGUUUGGGAAUCACUGGUCUACCUCACGUCAUUCACCGACAACCACAACACUCAGCGUUCUACUUUUAACUGCUAAUGCCAUUUUUUUUUUCCAGGCCAGUUAUGACCGGUCAACAUUCAUUUCUCACCAUUUCAGAAUACAGCUCACCGAGUCUGUUAAUAUUUGCCUUCCACUUGCUGUCUGCACACAUUGCUGCCGUCGGUCGAUUGGAAACGUCAUAUAUCCAAAACAAACAUUUUUCAGCAAGCUAAAAAAAAGCUUGUUUGAUGAAUCAGCAAGCACUUAGACACUCAGCAAUUUGUAAAAGUAACAUAACCAUGGGAAUUGACCAAGGGCCACCUUAGUAAACAUGCUGACUAGUCUUCUCUCUGUCAUUAGUGACCCUACCCCCUUAAAAAAAAAUCUGGACCCGACCAAAUUUGGAUAUUGAAGGUUCUCCCCGAGGCCAGCAAUGUCAAUCAUGAUUUUCUUUUCAUGUAGAAAAAAUAUUGUUUUCUUUUCAAAUGUAACCUCACUUAACAUGAAGCGUUUACAUCUCUGAUCAGGUCAGAGUUUAUCAUGUGGAUUCAACGAAAAACUAAUGUGGGUUACCGGUAUGCACAUGGCGAUUUAUACAUUAAGGAACUCCACUCAUAAGAAGAAAAAAAAAAA